AUGAUGGGUGACCAGGCGAGCCCUUUGGAGGAAAAUGAAAUGCUUAAAGCAUUGUAUGACUUCGAGGCAACAUUGGCCAAAACUCUUAGUUUCACGGAAGGAGAGUUUUUCUUCCUUCAACAAAGUAAUGCGAAGCAGAGGAACUGGUGGCAUGUUGUUAAUAGAAAAGGUCAAGUUGGUUUCGUGCCCUCGAAUUACGUCGCCGGAGUCAAGGUGGAGCCAGAAUUCUAUUUGGCAUUCCUCAACGAUUGUAUGAAGAAUAUCAAUGAGACUGGCACAAUGGCGCAGAAGCAAGAAUUACUAGCUAAGCUAAAUGAGAAGAAGAAACAAAUUCAGAUAAGUAUAAAGCCACAUGGAAAGAAGGCACCGGCCCCCAAACCUCCACCAAGGCUGGAUGACUGCACUCCACCUAAUGGUGUGUCGCCAUGUUUUGACUUGAGACCUGUAGUGUCUCAGCAGCACAUCAGUGAAGACAGAGAAUCCUCCCCAUCACCAACCAAGCCUAAUAAUAAUUUGUCUCAAGAGGAUGAAGAAGUCCGUAAAAAACCAGCGGUGGGUAAGACAUCCUCCAACCAAGUGUCUUCAGACACAGACAACCAAGAUGACAGCCAGGAUAGCAGCGAGAGCAUAAAACCAAAUGCCAUCUAUGAAAUAGUCCAGGCUGUGCGAAAAGAGACACAACUUAGCCAUGAUAUGUCCAAAGUGGCAGUGGAAACAGUGCUCAUAUCACUGAGAGAGUUCCUACCCGGUGGAGCAGCACGGUCAAUCAUUGAUGCUUUGCUCCGAGAAGCAAACAGUAACAUCACAUGUCCGAAGAAUGCUAUUGAUGCAGCCCCUGAUGCUUUACGGAUGAUGACGGCUCUAAAUGCGCUGUCGAAGGCUGCCAAUGAUGCCCAACAAAGAGGCUGGGCCCUACACGAUGAUGCACAUGACAUACAGACACAGUUGUUAGAACUUAUUUCUGUUAUGUCAAACGCCGACGUGAACAUCUCUCAACAUGUACUGAGCAGCCACAAGUACGCAUAUGUGACGACUUUAGUGCAGUACUACCAAAUGGAAACCAGGUGGCCGCUACGACAGCUUCUGCUUCAGGCAUUUGGUGUAAUGUGUGGCUUAGAACGCACGGCGCUCGCGACCCUAGCUCUGUCAGCCCUACCGGCGGAGAUAGCGCGAGACAUGAGAGACAACCCUCGCGCGGUCAGCCGUCUCUCACAUUCUGCACUGCUAUUGUCCAUGGUACUAUCCAUGGGGGACAAACUGCCUAUCACACAUUUUGAACAACUGGGCGUAGACUUCGCUCUCUUCCUACUGGAGUUGAUAGAGAACCCUCCGGAGACAGAUGUGGAUGAACAGAUUCCUGACUUGUUCCUUACGCUUGUACUUGCUUACAACCUGCAGUUUGAAGAGUCGUUUGAUAACCUCCUCCUCAAUGCCUUGGAGACCAGAGAAAUAGCAAAGACAUUCUGUGAGAAAGCUCUUUUGCUGCUUAACCGUGAAGAGGAUCCAGUCCACAUUUUCGAUCACGAACCGGCGCCCGCGCACUCUGUAUUAAAGUUGAUGAUUGACGUGUUCAGUCGUAAGAAGACUGCUGAACACUUCUAUACGAAUGACGUGAAGGUUGCCAUUGAUAUCAUUGUGAGGCAGCUAGCGGAUCUCUCUCCAGGAGACUUGCGACGCCAGCAAUACCUACGAAUCCUUCAAGGUAUAAUCCGCAACACAGAGUAUGGAGCGCACGUGCACCGUCGUGACGACCUCCUUCGAUGCUUCGCGCGUAUCUUCUGCGAGGAGGGAGAGUGCAGCCGUGAAGACCAGGCUCUCGUCAGAGCCAUUUCCAACGAGUUCCCUCAGUACUUCAAACCUUAA